AUGGCUUCGCAUUUGGCAAAUAUCUUCGGUACAGAGCAAGAUCGGGUGAACUGCUCGUUCUACUACAAAAUUGGCGCAUGUCGUCACGGCGAUCGCUGCUCUAGGAAGCACAUCAAGCCCGCGUUCUCGCAGACCAUCCUCCUUCCCAACGUCUACCACAACCCUGCGCACGACCCAGUGUGCACGAAGACCGAGAAGGAGCUGCAGGAGGGAUUUGACGCGGUGUACGAAGAUCUGUACUGCGAGCUGGCGAAGUUUGGGCAUCUCCUGGAGCUUCACGUCUGCGACAACGUUGGCGACCACCUCAUCGGUAACGUGUACGCGCGGUACGAGUGGGAGACGGAGGCACAGGCAGCGGUGGACAACCUGAAUGACCGCUGGUAUGCAGGCCGUCCUCUGUACGCGGAGUUGUCCCCUGUAACCGACUUCCGGGAGGCUUGCUGUCGCCAAAAUGAGAACGGGGAGUGUAAUCGCGGAGGUUUCUGCAACUUCAUGCAUCUGCGGCUCCCGACCCCGGACCUCGCUCGCUCCCUUCGCCACGGCCAGCGUCUAGAACGGCGCCUCAACCCUACACAGACUACUGGUGGCGGUGGUUGGGAACCCACCAAAAGAGAAGGGGCUCGGGCCAGGAGCGCAAGUCCCGCCAAGCGUGGCGGCCGCAACGACGGGGAGGACAGGUGGACUCGGAAGUGA